AUGUCUAUCGAGCACGCUUCAACCACCGAUUCUGGCGGCCAGGACCAUAGCCCCCUCGAGGUUACUCCACAAUAUUGCUGCUCUUGCUACUUCUCUAUCAUUAUUUUCGUAUUCGUUUUCACUCUCACCGUUAGAGGCUUGAGUUAUCUUCUCGACGGCAGACAUGCUUGUUACAUAGAGCUCUUUGCUCAAUCCCUCACCGUCUCAAACGCAACAAACGCUGCAAACGUUACAACCGCUGAUUGGAUUACCGGUUUGGUCGCGAAGAGUCCAGUCACCAGGUGUAAUCUCUCUCUCCAUACAGUCACAUCGCGUCUCCUUCGUGGCGAUGAGGUUAUCUCGCUGGCAUCUCCCUCGUUGGAUGAUUUUGGACGAUUUGCUAUGUUCGAGAAAACUGAUGAGCCGGUUACAGUUGUCAACUUCAAAAAGGUGGUGACACCGCUAGUUAACGGCAGCGUGGUAUGGAAUUAUCGUAUGGAGAGUGUCGUCGGUUUGAAGGCAGAAUUUGCAUAUGGGUUCUUGACGGUGGUUUGCCGCGAUAUCCCGGUGAAGUUUACGGCGGAUGCGGCAGGGAAUGUGGUUGGUUCGUUGCUCGGAGGUAUGCGACGAUGCGAAUAUUUACUCCAGGAUAACUUGGAUUAUGUUUAG